CGUUUAAAGUGACAGCAGUGGGCUGUUGCACCACUCCUGUCGCUCUUCUGUGUCGACCUCCUCCAGUCUCUUUAAACUGCUUUCAGCGCCACACAGACGACGGUUUCAGGGGUUCGGUUUCUCGCAGCCCGUCCUCUCUACACGUCGUGUUUCUGUGUCUGAGGAUCUCUCUCUCUCUCUAUGUUUUUUUUUUUAUUAUUUCUCUUCUGCAACCGAAAGCUAACACAAACGGGGCUGUGUUGUUAAGCUUAAGUAGGCGGAUAUAGCGGAGGAGGCAGAGAGGGCAUCCGGCCUGGCAGCUCCGCAGACUCGGCUUGAAACUACGCUUUUCAUCAUUAUCAGGCCGUGUACUGCCCUGCCAUGGAAAAAAUGAAGAGGAUUAAGAAGCGUCUGUCAUUAACGUUGCGUUCCAGCCAGACCAUUGAUGAGUCGCUGUCAGAACUGGCUGAGCAGAUGAACCUGGAGGACGGCGGCACCAAAGACAACGAGCCCUUCAUGAGGAACGGCCGCCCUCCUACCUCCCACAGUAUGCAUUCCUUCCUGCACCAGUACACGGGCUCAUUCAAGAAGCCCCCCCUCCGCCGGCCGCACAGCGUCAUCGGUGGCACCCUAGGGUCUUUCAUGGCCAUGCCCCGCAACGGCAGCCGUCUUGAUAUUGUUCAUGAGAAUCUGAAGAUGGGUUCGGACGGGGAGAGCGACCAGGCAUCGGGAACGUCUUCAGAUGAGGUUCAGUCUCCAACCGGUGUCUGCCUGAGGAACCGGGUCCAUCGGCGAAUCUCUAUGGAGGACCUCAACAAGCGCCUGUCACUGCCUGCUGACAUCCGAAUUCCUGACGGUUACCUGGAGAAGCUGCAGCUCAGUAGCCCGCCUUUCGACCAGCCGCUCAGUCGACGCUCCCGCCGAGCUUCCCUGUCGGAGAUCGGUUUUGGGAAAUUGGAGACCUACAUCAAGCUAGACAAGCUGGGAGAGGGAACCUACGCCACAGUAUUUAAAGGACGCAGUAAGUUGACGGACAACCUGGUAGCGCUCAAGGAGAUUCGACUUGAACACGAGGAGGGGGCGCCGUGCACCGCCAUCAGAGAGGUAUCGUUAUUGAAGGACCUCAAACACGCCAACAUCGUGACAUUACAUGAUAUUGUCCACACUGACAAGAGCCUGACACUGGUCUUUGAGUACCUGGAUAAGGAUCUGAAGCAGUACAUGGACGACUGUGGGAACAUAAUGAGUAUGCAUAACGUGAAGAUCUUCCUGUUCCAGAUUUUGCGAGGAUUAUCGUACUGUCACAAGAGGAAAGUUCUGCACAGAGACCUUAAGCCACAGAACCUCCUCAUCAAUGAGAGAGGGGAGCUCAAGCUGGCUGAUUUCGGCUUGGCGAGGGCCAAGUCAGUCCCGACUAAAACCUACUCCAACGAGGUGGUGACUCUGUGGUACCGACCCCCCGACGUGCUCCUGGGAUCCUCCGAGUAUUCGACGCAGAUUGACAUGUGGGGCGUUGGCUGUAUAUUCUAUGAAAUGGCUGCAGGUCGGCCGUUGUUCCCCGGCUCCACGGUGGAGGACGAGCUCCACCUCAUCUUCAGGUUACUGGGCACACCCACAGAGGAAAGCUGGCCGGGAAUCUCUUCCAUCGAUGAGUUCAAAUCCUACAACUUUGCCAAAUACAAACCGCAGCCGUUCAUCAACCACGCCCCCAGGCUGGACAUUGAAGGCAUUGAGCUGCUGCUGGCGUUCCUCAGAUACGAAUCCAAGAAAAGGAUUUCUGCUGAUGAGGCCAUGAAACAUUCCUACUUCAGGCAGCUCGGGAUGAGAGUUCACACGCUGCCCGAGAGCAUAUCACUCUUCACACUGAAGGAGGUGCAGCUGCAGAGAGAUCCUGGCUACAGGAACUCCUCGUACCCAGAGUCAGCUAACGGGAAGAUCAACAGGAGGCAGAGCAUGCUCUUCUAAUGUUCGAUGGAGAUGAAGGUCCACUGCACAACUCCUCCUUCAUCAUCAUUUCCUGCCCCGACCAACUCGUAUCGCAUGAGCCCGCCCCCCCACCCUCUCCCACCCUCUUCUGAGCAAGCAACUCUGGGUUCAGGGUUUGGGUGUGUUUUUGUUUGUUAUUUUUGAAACUGGGUUAAUUUAUUUGGGUGGGGUGGGGGAUGUUGAAUUUGUUGCUGCUAAAAUACU